AUGUCUCUAGUCGAACCGGACCAGUCCUUGUUGGAUUCCAUUAAAGACAAGGUGGUAAUUAUCACAGGAGGUGUCAGUGGAAUAGGCCGAUCUGCCGCUCUUACUUUUCACGAAAGAGGCGCAAAGGUUGUUGUAGGCGAUGUUAAUGCCAAAGAAGGUGAGAAGUUAGCAUCGCUGGCGGGGGGGGGACUCCGUUUUGUGCAAUGCGAUGUGUCCAAGUACAAGGAUCAACUGUUGCUUUUUCAAGAGGCAAAGCAGCACUUCGGUGGGGUUGACGUUGUGAUUGCCAACGCUGGUAUUGGCAAACUCCCUGAUCCGAUCACGGUCAUUGACGACGUCAAUCAGGAGCCUCCGCUAGCUGAGGUCGACAUCAACCUCAGAGGCGUCCUGUACUCCAGUCGAAUAGCAACGCACUACCUGAGGCAGCGUGGCGGCGGCGACCUUAUUCUCGUCAGCAGUGUAGGAGGCUUCAAGGAAUCGGCUGAGCUCACGCCGUACCUCUCCACCAAGCAUGGCGUCAUUGGGGUGAUGCGAGGACUUCGCCUGACUUCUUUAAAUGAUGGCAUCCGAGUCAAUGUCGUAUGCCCUUGGACGACACGGACGGUAUUGACUAGUGGUAUAGCUGUUUCAUGGGAGGAACUGGACUUGCCCAUGAAUGAGCCUGAGGACAUCGCAACCUCUAUGCUGAUCUGCGCCACCGCCAAUGGCUCCGGAGGGCGACAUCCCGGAAGUGUCUUACCUUUUCACGGAAAGAUCCUGUACGUGGCCGGAGGAAAAUCAUAUGAGAUUGAAGACAAUUUGCAGAAGCUCGAACCUCAAUGGCUAGGCGAGGAAAAUAGUCGUAUGUUAGCAAAGGGUCAGGACUUUCUACACAACGGAACAACAACCUGGCAGCGUUAG